AUGGCCGCCGAGGGCGCGGGCACGAUCACGGCCGUCAAGGCCUGCGAGAUCCUCGACUCGCGGGGCAACCCGACGGUCGAGGUGGAGAUGUUCACGUCGCUGGGCAUGUUCCGCGCGUCCGUGCCCUCCGGCGCGUCGACGGGCGUGCACGAGGCCUGCGAGCUGCGCGACGGCGACAAGGGCCGCUACCUCGGCAAGGGGUGCCUCCAGGCGGUCAAGAACGUGAACGAGGUCCUGGGCCCGGCGGUCUGCGGCAUGGACGCGGCGGACCAGCGCGCCAUCGACAACCUCUGCAUCGACCUCGACGGCACGCCGAACAAGGCGAACCUCGGCGCGAACGCGAUCCUCGGCGUGUCGCUCGCGGCGGCCAAGGCGGGCGCGGCGGCCAAGGGCGUGCCGCUCUACAAGCACAUCGCGGACCUCGCGGGCAACAGCGAGGCCAACGUGCUGCCCGUGCCGGCCUUCAACGUCAUCAACGGCGGCUCCCACGCGGGCAACAAGCUCGCGUUCCAGGAGUACUUCAUCAUCCCCACGGGCGCGAGCUCCUUCUCCGAGGGCCUCCGCGUGGGCACGGAGUGCUACCACGCGCUCAAGAAGAUCAUCAAGGACAAGUUCGGCGGCGACGCGACGCUCAUCGGCGACGAGGGCGGCUUCGCGCCGCCCUGCGACGCGCGGGAAGGCGUCGAGCUCGUCAUGGAGGCGAUCACGGCCGCGGGCUACGAGGGCAUGUGCGAGAUCGGCAUGGACGUCGCCGCGUCCGAGUUCAAGGUCGACGGCGAGGACUGCUACGACCUCGGCACCUUCUACCCCGCGGACGAGCGCGACGACCCGAAGCUCAAGAUGACCGCGGCCGAGCUCGCGGACUUCUACGCGGACCUCUGCGCCGAGUACCCCAUCGUCACCAUCGAGGACGCCUUCGACCAGGACGACUGGGCCGCCUGGACCAACUUCUCGCCCAAGGUCCGCGCGACGGUCCAGUCCGUCGGCGACGACAUCACCGUCACGAACCCGUCGCGCAUCAAGCGCGCCAUCGAGGAGGACGCCUGCAACGCGCUCCUCCUCAAGGUCAACCAGAUCGGCUCCGUCUCCGAGUCCAUCGACGCCGUCAAGAUGUCCAAGCAGGCGGGCUGGGGCAUCAUGACGAGCCACCGGUCCGGCGAGACGGAGGACACGUACAUCGCCGACAUCGCCGUGGGCCUCUGCACGGGCCAGAUCAAGACGGGCGCGCCCUGCCGCAGCGAGCGCCUCGCCAAGUACAACCAGCUCCUCCGCAUCGAGUCCGAGCUCGGCGACGACGCCGUCUACGCGGGCAAGACGUGGCGCGCGCCCAAGUGGAUGGGCGAGUGA